GAUAUGAACGUGGAACAUACACGUUUAUGGGAGGUUCGGGAUACACGCUCUCCCGCGACCUCGUUAUAGACAUUGCUGAAUCCGACUGGGCUGUUUCAAAUGUCGUAGGAAAUGAAGACUGGCUAGUGGGUGAGUGGGCAUGUCAUGUGGCUAGGGAGAAGAAGUACUUCGUGCACUAUGUCGGCUUUACAAGUUGGGUGCCCAUCCGCCAAAAUCCGAUUCAUGACUUUGACGAAAAUCUGGACCUUCACAUCUUUGGCGAGACCAUCAUGAUCCAUCAAGUAAAGGGCAUCGAGAAGUUGAAUGCCAUUAAGAAUGUAUACUCCGAAUACGAAGAGGGAUUUCCAGUGGUAAGAGUCAUUCGAAAUUCAACAGCCACAGGACUAGCUACAAAGAGGGAAAUUAUUCCAAAAUGCUGGACCACACAUGAGAAAGAGCAGUUCUGGGAUCAAUUGCAAAGUACCUACAAGAACUGGUUCUAUGAAGCUUGGGAUUUUAAGGAGGGGAAGUGGUACGAGUAUUAUGGGACUGUGGAUAAUAUAGGGAUUGGAUAG